CUUGAGUCAAUGCUGAAGCCGUCCCAUCAGUGCCUGAAAGCCGCCGCUUUCGCGCUUCUCCCGGUCCCUGCGUCAACGGUCCCUCCAGGCCAAUCAUGAGGUGGCCAAUCACUAGAGUUGCGGUGCUGAAAAGAGCCGGUGCAGCCCCAGCUACUGGGGCGUUGCUAGCACUUGGCUGACUGGUUGCAGCAGCGCCUUACCACAGGGCGGUAUGCUGUACGACAGCAGUUUCUCUAGCUUGCUCAGGCCUGGACCGGCCACUGCGGGGGCCCAUUGCAGCCUCUGAAGACGCUGGAGCUUUCAAGGAGCCACCACUGCCGCCGGCAAGCCACCCCAGCCCCAAACUGCAGUACUAUGAGGAGGGGUGCCGUGUGGCUAGUAAGUGGCCUGCAGCUGGGAAGCUGACGGUUCGUCAUUGAGUGACGGUGUCGGAGCUGCUGUGUGCUAUGUAUGGCGACAAGCCACUACCCAAGGCGUAGGAUCCACCAAGCCUUCCAAAGAUAGCUCGCUCUCUCAACUACGUACUCUUGUACAUCUCACGCACCUUCAACAACCCUCGCAAACACCGUUAACGAAACAACUUCCCAACACUCCACCCCCCUCUCCCCGCCCAGGCUUUUUAGAAUUCCCUCCGGAAGCUUUCUCGCCCCUGCGUCCUUGCGAGCAACGAGCUCGUAGGCCUUCUUCAGCGUCAUUCACCUCGCACCUCCUUAUCUGCAGCCGUAGUAGAACCACCGCCCAAGAUGUCGCAAGUCCACGCGUUGUCCGACGAUCAGGUCGGACAGGAGCUCCGCAAGAUGACGGCGUUCAUCCGGCAAGAAGCCUCCGAGAAGGCCCGCGAGAUCGAGAUCAAGGCAGACGAGGAGUUCGCCAUCGAGAAGUCGAAGCUGGUGCGCCAGGAGACGGACUCCAUCGACACGGCCUACGAGAAGAAGUUCAAGCAGGCCACCAUGUCCCAGCAGAUCACCCGGUCCACCGUCGCCAACAAGACCCGCCUCAAGGUCCUCGCCGCCCGGCAGGAGCUGCUCGACGACAUCUUCGAGGACGCCCGUAAGCAGCUAGCCACCGAGGGCACCAGUGAUGGGGACAAGUACGCCGCGACGCUCAAGGGUCUGGUGCUCGAGGGCAUGUAUGCCAUGAACGAGCCCGAGUUGGUGCUGCGGGCGCGGAAGGUAGAUUUCGAUGCCGUGAACAAGGCAAGCGAAAAGGCUGCCGCCGAGUAUAAGGAGAACGUGGGCAAGGAGUGCAAGGCCAAGAUUGACGAGAAGAAUCCUCUGCCGGAGGGAAGUGCUGGCGGUGUGUUCAUCAUUGGUGGAGGCGGCAAGAUCGAGAUCGACAACACCUUCGAGGCGAGGCUGGUGCUGCUCGAGGACAGCGCCCUACCAGCUAUGCGCAAGACCCUGUUCGGCGCAAACCCCAACCGCAAGUUCUUCGACUAGGCCCACUACUACUAGACAUAGAGAGAUAUACCUCACACUGGGUAUGCAUACGUGCAUUGUAUCUGAAUUUGUUUUUUAUUAUCAUUCCAUGUUUGGUCAUUUAACAUAGCGGGAGAAAGAAAAAGAAAAAAGGCUUGGGACCUCCUCUUG